AGCCUGACUAGUAGCUGACAGCUAAACAGCUAAAGGCUAGCAUGCUAAUGUUCAGCAGAUGAAUGAGAUGUGUGCGUUUCUAUGCCCCAUUUCAAUAAGUCGUCCUCUCGGAUGGGCGUGAGACCGUCCAGGUCGUAAGCUAGCAGCUGGACGAGGCUAAAAUGAGACGAGGGUCAGUAUGUGGCUGCAUGUUGGCAGGACGCAGCUGAAAGCAGCAGUUAGCACGCUGCUAACAGUGGUCUUAGCUUAGGGACAGAAAACCCAGUCGUCCAUCAGCACCAUGGGAAAGAAGAGUCGCGUGAAGACUCAGAAGUCGGGCUCCGGGGCCAGCACCGUGGUGAUGCCCAAGGAGAUGCUGAACCUGGUCUCUGAGCUGCUGCAGAAAUGCAGCAGUCCAGCGCCCUCUGCUGGUAAAGAGUGGGAGGAGUACCUCCAGAUUAGAGGUUUGGUGGAGAAGAUCCGGAAGAAACAGAAGGGCGUGUCCGUGGUGUUCGAGGGCAACAGGGAGGACCACUUCGCAGACCUGAUGUCCUGGGCUCAGGAGAACGGGGCGUCCUGUGACGACUUCACCGUGGCCGAGUUCGGGGCGGAGGGCUAUGGCCUGCGGGCCACCAGAGACAUCAAGGCAGAGGAACUUUUCCUGUGGAUUCCCAGGAGGAUGCUGAUGACGGUGGAAUCGGCCCAGAACUCCAUCCUGGGUCCUCUGUACAGCCAGGACCGGAUCAUGCAGGCCAUGGGCAACGUUACGCUGGCCCUCCACCUGCUGUGCGAACGGGCCAACCCCGCCUCCUUCUGGCUGCCGUACAUCCGUAGUCUUCCUCAGGAGUAUGACACGCCGCUGUACUACCAGCAGGACGACGUGCAGCUGCUGCUGGGCACGCAGGCGGUGCAGGACGUCCUGAACCAGUACAAAAACACCGCUCGCCAGUACGCCUAUUUCUACAAGCUGGUGCAGACUCAUGCUGCCGCCAGCAAACUGCCGCUGAAGGACAGCUUCACGUUCGAUGACUACAGGUGGGCGGUGUCCUCCGUGAUGACCCGUCAGAACCAGAUCCCCACGGAGGACGGCAGCCGGGUCACUCUGGCCCUCAUCCCGCUGUGGGACAUGUGCAACCACACCAACGGACUGAUUACUACGGGCUACAACCUGGAGGACGAUCGCUGUGAGUGUGUGGCUCUGCAGGAUUACAAAGAGAACGAACAGAUCUACAUCUUCUACGGCACAAGAUCCAACGCAGAGUUUGUCAUCCACAACGGCUUCUUCUUCCAAGACAACAGCCACGACAGAGUGAAGAUCAAGCUGGGCGUCAGUAAGAGCGAGCGCCUGUAUGCCAUGAAGGCCGAGGUUCUGGCCCGAGCCGGCAUCCCAGCCUCCUGCAUCUUCGCUCUGCACUGUAAUGAACCUCCCAUCUCAGCCCAGCUGCUGGCCUUCCUCAGAGUCUUCUGCAUGACCGAAGAGGAGCUGAAGGACUACCUGCUCGGAGAGCGCGCCAUCAAUAAGAUCUUCACUUUGGGCAACAGCGAGUUUCCCGUCAGCUGGGACAACGAGAUCAAGCUGUGGACUUUCCUGGAGACCAGAGCUGCUCUGCUGCUCAAGACCUACAAAACCACCUCAGAGGAGGACCGCUCCAUGCUGGAGAAACCAGAUCUGUCUCUUCACUCUCGCUUGGCCAUCCAGCUCCGCUUGGCCGAGAAGCAGAUCCUGGAGAAGGCGUCGGCUAGAGGUCGAGCCAAACGUCUGCAUUUCCAGAAGAAGAUGGACGAAGGCGCUUUGUUGCCGCUCUUUGAGGAAAAUGAUAUCGCUCUGCUGGAAAACAACGACACGGAUGCAAAGCUUCCCAUCAUCCUGCGCAAGCUGGAGGAGGUGGAGGACGACCUCCUGAACGGGGAGAUGGGAGUGGAUGCUAACGGAGAGACGGUGCAGGGGAAAGUCGCUUCGGCUUCAGCCUCCGAAGCCGAAGCGGGCGGCGGCCUGAGUGCUGAUCGAACUGAAGACGAUCCCAAAGAGAAGAGAGAAUAAAUGGACCGCUCUCACUGCCACAGCUCAUGCUAUUUAUUUAUUUUUGCGUCUCUUAAAGGACUCAGAAAUGUAGAGGCUGUGUGUUCAUCAGCGUGGCUUUGUGUAGUUGUCCGCUGCUGGACGCUCGAGGAGGGUUCGGAUUAAAAUUAGGAAGUUUAACAGGCCGGGAGCGUCGGCUGAAUGUGUUGAAUCGUUCUCUGGCGCUCGGUGAGGUUGCUGCCGUGUCUUCCUGGUCUCCAGAUCCGAUCUGUUCAAGGUGACGGGAAAUCCUGAAAAUCAGAGCUGAAGAUGUUUGUUGCUGGAUGAAAAUGUGUUUUAAGAAGAAUCUUUGUGAAUGUAGGUGAAGCCUCUAAAGGGGAGGGAUCACUGUUCUAGAAAAAGCCAUACGCAGCACUGCGGACUGUAAGACGGAGGGAUGUUUCUGUCUGUCUCUCUGGAUUUUUGUUUUUGUUGAACUAUUACAACAUGACACUUUGUAUGAAAAACGA